GCCGUGUGCCUAAAAUUCUGGAAAGUUUGGGAAUUUUAUAAUUUUCUUCAAAAAAUGGAGUUCAAUCAAUUCGCUGACUCGGCUCUAAGCUCCCUUUUAGAGACCACAAAGUUCCUCCAGGAAAUUAGCAAUGGCAUAUCAGAUGACGAUGGCGAGGUCCGUAAGUUGCUGGAGGAAGGAGCCAACUCUCGCCUAGAGCAUGCCGAGAAAAUCAUCGAGCGUAAGACCAAGCACAAGGAACUCGUGCAGGAAAUGCAGAAGGCCAGAGGUGAAAGCACCACUGUCGAGAAAUUCGGGCGGGCUUGGAACAAACGCCGCGAUGCAGUGGAGCGGAAGCCCAUCAAUGCCAAAAACACAGCCGAGUAUCAGAGCUUCAAGCGAUCCAUUGAGUCCACACUUUCAAACGCAGAACCAGAAGCUAACAAUUCCGAUGACGAUGUAGUUGCAACGGAGGUGUCCUGUAACAGUGCCUUCUCACCAUACGAUCCCUGGACCAAGGCGCUCAUCAGGAAUCCCGUUCGCAACAAAAUGUGCGGGCACAUCUAUGACCGCGAAUAUGUUCACGGACUCAUUAAGAACAACAUAGGGAUUCGAUGCCCAGUGGCUGGUUGUGCCAGCACGGUCUACAUCCAUCCGGCCCACUUGAUCGAGGAUGAGGCUGUCAGGCAGAAGAUACGCUUGCAGGUGUUGCAGGAUAUGCAGUCGGACACAGACGAGGAUGAAGAAGAAGGAACCCAAGAGGAAGUUCAGCAGGAUGACGAGGAUGAGGAUUGAUUCAAUGUUAGUUCCACUUUCUAUUGAAUAUCAGAACAGAACCACUUUUCGUUUCAGGGUAUUCAUAUAUAAGUUAAUCUAAUUUGCUUGCUGUAGCUUACUUAAUAUACUGAUUUUGUAACCAUAAUGCAAACUUAACCUUACCAUUGCUUCCCAAUAAACCAGAAUAUUUUAUGGGACCCAUGGCAUUUAAGUGUCGU